GAUGGCAAACUCUCAUAGGAUAGACGCUUUUUUAAUGGCCGAGAUAUAUUUAUCGGUUUGGCCUCCGACAUGCGUUCAAAUUGAUAAACUACGAGCAUUUGGCCAACUGCAGAAUGGUCGGAAGUCAACUAUAACUUUACUAGAAGACGGUAAUAUUAAGACGAGAACCGUUCUAGGAACAAACUACUAUAGAUCUUGCGAUGUUGAAUGCCUAGAUUCGGACGAUGGCUUAUCGAAUUUGCUUCUAAUAGCGGUGAGGUUAACGAACGCUAAAUAUGAAUUAACUAUAUUCAAGUGCCAGAGUGCGACCGAUUGCCGUAUGUUUGUAAAUAUGUUUAGAGAAUCUAUUAGGCGACCUAUGUCUAAUUGGUCCUUCUAUCCGAAAGAGGACGAAGUGACUAGGGGAAUAAAUGAUGCUGUAGAUAAUGUUUUUGGGAAGGAUGUAAAAAUUCACGAGCCGAAACGUCCAAUCAAUUCUGUUCGAAGGCAUCUAGUCGAUCUUAGUCGGGAAGUAGAGAGGUUAAGAAAUGUCGUUAAGAGAAAGCCGUCGUAUAAGAUGCCAAGCGCCGAAGACGUCAAUCAGGGAAGAUUGGACGUUAUCGAUCCGGAAUUUAGUGGCAUUAUCAGUGCGAAUAAGCAAGAAAUCGAAGUUAUCAAGGGAAGGCGGAAUACGAUUACUUUUAUCCGUUCCAGCCGUCCAACACCGGUUAGGAAGAGAUUCCCCCAACGUGGUUAUCGGAGGUGA